CGACGUGUAAAUGCAAUUGAUUUCAAAUGGUUUUGGUGUUGCAAAAGAAAAUGUAGGUAAUUACAUCACCUUUUGCAGUGAUGCAGUGAUUCAUUUCGAGGAAAAAAAUUGAAAAUUUCAUCCGACAGCGAAGAAGGAAUUGGCGAAACUGCUGCCAAAGCCAAAUGCGCCAUGAUGAAAAUGUUUACUUUUUUUCUCUUCUGAAAGCGGUGAAAAUUUAUUCAAGUUAUUUGUUUUGAACAUUUUGAAUUGCGGUGCAAAAAUAAAAUGAUCUGAUCAUUCGAAGUUGACGAUUUUAACAUUUGAUUCACUAUUAAAAUAUAUCUGCUUCUCUGUUUGUCGCUUAAAAUAUGAACGAUAAUUUGGAAAAUCAGGCGAAACUUUCAGCAUGUUUGACAGCAACAGAAUUAGUUUCUCUCCGUAAAAAUUCCAACAAUCAUGAUGAGUUCCCAUACAUCAUUGGUCAAAAGUGCUACAGUCGUAGUGAUACUUGGCUGGAAGAGAAAGCAGUUGAAUAUGUGUUGGAAAAUCAAAAUGAAACUUUGAACCAAAAAGUUGCAUCAAGAAUAUCUGAUUUGAUUGAAGCUGAGUGGAAUGCUGAUUUGAAUGUUGCUGUCACGUCAAAACUGAAAGGAAAAUAUGUACAACAUAUGGGGCAUAUGGUUGAAAAGAAAAUACAUUUAUCUCCAGAGGAAUCAGUCUUUUUGCUUCAAAAUAGAUCUAUUGAAAUCCUUCAUAAAAAGGCAUCUGUGAGUUUGGAAGAAGCAUAUGCUGUGAUACUCAAAAAAAGUCUAAGCUUUGAGAAAUAUCAGGUGUAUUCUCAUUUGGCACAAUUAGGUUUCAUUGUUGUUCAACAUCAACCUAAGUUGCAUUCCUUACGAAAAGGUAAUUUAAGCAAAAGUAAGAAAAGAAAACAUAAACGUAAUGAUACUAUAAGUUUAGAGGAAGAACCAAAGGAGAAAAAAUCAACUUUAUCAUCUGUUUUGUGUAAAGAUGCUGAUAUUAGUAACUCAUCUGAACCAUGUCUUACACAAGAAAAUAGUGCAGUAUCAAAUGAUAGUCAAAAUGUAAAAAAUACUGAAAUAUUAGUUGAAAUUUCUGAAUCAAAUGAAAGUACUGCUCUUAACAUUAGUAAUGAACAAAGUACUCUGCUAUCUUCAACUGUACAGUUUACAUGUGAUGAAGAAAAAAAUCAUUCUAAUGUAAAUAGUUUUCAAAAUAAUACUUGUGAAUCUAUAACUCUGUCUUUGAGUGACAAACCUGAAAAUGUUUCAGAUACUCUUAAUUCCCAAAAAUUAAAUGAUAAUGCUCAAAAGGAAAUAAGCAGUGAGCCCAACAACUCAAUGGACUUGAGAAACUCAGAUGAAUGUGAGCAUGUUAAAGAACCAGAAACUUUGGUUUCUUUUAAAAGCUUUGCUUCUUUCGAAUAUUCUCAACCAACUUUUGAAAACAAGAAUAGCAAUGUUACAAAUGCAGCUGUUGAAAAUACAGUGUCAAAUGAUUGCACAAUAUUAACAGCUGCUAACACUGAUGUUGGUGAAGAACGAUCAGAUUUAACAUUAAGUGAACACUUUAAGCCAUUGGUUUCAAACUCAGGCCGAAGUAAUUCAGUGAAAUUAUCAGAUAUAUCUAGUGACUUAGAAAAAGUAAAGAAAAAAUAUGUACCCGAGCCAGACAAUUAUGUAGUCGAAGUAAAUGAUAAAAGCAGAGAUGAACCUUCUAGUGAUGAGGAUAGUAUAGAAGUAGCGAACAAUUCUGAAAGUGAUAGAGAGUGUGAUGUGAUGAGUUGUUCCUCUGAAGAUGAAAACUUUGUUGAUGUGUACGGUGGACUAUCGGAUACUUUUUCUGUUCGAGAAGAGUUGGGUGAUGAUGAUAUCACGUUAGUUGAAGUGAAAAAGAAAGAAACAACUCCUCUUGCAAUAAUAGAUAUAUUGUCUGAUGAGGAGCAAACAGAAAGAAUGUCUAUUGGUGAUAGCAGUGAUAAUGACGAUGAGAUUCAGAUAGUCAAGGUCUGUGCUGGUUCUUCUAAAAACCCUACGCUUGGCAGAAAUUCAUACCAAACUGUGAAUUCUAUUAAGAAAGAGCAGAAAUACAAUAUUAAAGGAAAUCAUCACAAGUUUAUGUCAUCUCGCCCAAGAGUUGUAUUUCCUGAACUAUUUAAAAAAGAUGUUGUUUGCCUCUCUCGCCCUCAGCCAAAUUUGUUGCCUAAUAAUGUCAAGCCAGCUAAAGAAGCUUAUGUUUUAAACAUAAAAAAAAAGCCUAGUCACAGCGAAAAACCAAGCAGCAGAAGGUUAUGGAACAGCUAUAAGGAUCUCCAAGAUUAUCAACGUGUUAGGCAUAGGAAUCGAAAUGCAGAUUCAGGUAAUUGGAUGUUUCCGAGACAGGAGAAUAGACAACAUCAUGAUAGUUGGAAUGAUGCUGGACAUCGGUUCCAAAAUAAUUUUCAUGAAUCACAAUCACUUCCUGAAAUGUUGCCUACUAUUCCUGGAAGGGAAUUCCCUGGAAGCCAUCAACGUAGCAAUUUUAAUUUAGGACCGUUAAAUAUGGUGCCAGGCAUGACAGGAAAUAUAAUGGUAGACUUGCACAGAGCAGCAUAUUCUUUUGCGAAUAACAUGUUAUCAAACAUGAUGAAUCAAAGCAUGAUGAACAAUAUGCCUCAGUUUCAUUCUUUUCAAUCUUCAAGAUAUCGAGGGAAUUAUUCAAAUUUAGAAUCUAGCCUUUCAAAUACUCAAUCAUCAACUCUUUCAUAUGACUCUUAUUUAAAUAAUGUGAAACCUCCUGGUCCAAUUGAUUACGGCCCCAGUUCUUCACAGCGGAAUGAGUUUCAGUCGCCUUUUAACCCACUAGUGAACUCUGUUCCAACUUAUCCUAUGGGACGAGACAGCCCACAGAACUAUAAUAGAAAUAGAGAUUUCCUUCCGAGAAACUUUGCGCAUAGAGGAAGACCUUUUCCAUGUGUUUAUGGAAAUGUGUAUAACAAAAAAUCUUGGACUGAUGUGAAAGCCAUUGUUGAAAGGCCUAAGGAUGUGAAUGAUCACAACAGCGAUGUUGAGGAAGUCCCAAUUGACAUAAAUAAAGUCUUAUGGAACUCCGAACUCCAUCCAUUAGUAAAACCUGGUACUAAUCAUCUAAUAGAGGAUGUUUUGAAGUCAUUGCAGAAAACAAAACUGGACAGUUUGUUUCAUGACACUAAUGACAGGUAUUUACCUUCUGCCAACCAAUUCCUCCAAAUUUCGUUUGAUGUAUAUCUUCCUGGAUCAAACUUCAAGAAAACGUGUCCCGAUAUUCCGAAGUAUCGAAUAGCUGUAGUGAGAGCAACAGAUCCAAUUCCGAAAUUUGCGGAAAUAGUUGUCUUACAAAAGAAGUGGAAUGAUGGUGCAAUCUUACAGUUAGCAGUUGUUGAUAAUGGUGAUAUCAGCUUUUAUUCAUUCAACAGCAUUCAGUUACCUCGUCUCAUACCUCAUGAUGUGUGAUGACCCAAGUGAAGAAUAGUUUUUUAUAUAAUCUUGUAAAUAUUUAACAUGUUUUAAGAUUCCCAAAUCAUUUUUUUUUUUUUUUUGCAAUUUGUAAAACAAAUUUGUUGUUAAUAAAAAGGCA